AUGGGGAGUACAUCUCGUCCUGUCUAUCUUCUCGAUCGAGAUGAGGCGGAGACUACACGUCUCAAUAAUCAGCAUCACUUUCUGGUUGAACUUUCCAACCUCAUUCAUCCGUCUAUUCCAAAAGAUGGUAUUACAGCUGUCGCCGACUUGGGCACUGGCACAGGCGUAUGGCUCGAAGAUGUCGCCAACUUGCUUCCAAAUAAGUCGGUCUACCUCCACGGCUUUGAUAUCUCUUCAGUUCAAUUCCCGCGAGGCCACAAGAUCCAACGACCUGGUCAAAAUCCAAUCCCAUUAAGCGUCCACAACGCACUGAUCCCAUUCCCAGAAGAGCACCGUGAAAUAAACGGCUGGAUCCAAUGGGAAGAAGUCGACCACACGGCCUUCUGCACAGAUGCUGUCCCAGAGCUAGCAGCGAUAACCCAGCUGCGGGAAUCAGUGAUCAAGGCCAUGCUCAAACUAGGCCUAUGCCCAUUCGCUCCACAGCGCGUGUUUGGCGAGAUCUCUGUGUACGGGUUCGCCGACAUCGUCCGUGAGACUUACACUACUGCUGGGAAGGACAACUUGCAGCCUUUUGCGAAGAAAUGGGUUGCUGGUGUGAUGCGUGCGCUGGCGCCGAAUUCUUUGGUUAUUACGGGCCAAGCUCAAGGUAUGAAGGAUGCGCGUGGGAUGAUUGAAAAGCUGAUUCUUGAGUUUGAGGCUCAUUGUGAAUCUGCGUCAGCGCUGGUUAACUUGGGUGUUACAGUUGGUCGGAAAGUGAGGUAA